CAGACAGGGGACUCCCUCGCCGCGCGCAGGUCGCUUCUCCGCUGAGCGCGCGCUCCGCCGGCGUCCGCUGCGAUCAUGACUUGGGGUCUGCCGCCCUCCAAGGCGCUCUACAUCGGGAUGGAGGUGGUGAUCGCGCUGUCCUCGGUCGUCGGGAACGUGAUGGUGGUGUGGGCUGUGCGCAUCAACCGCUCUCUGAGGGACACCACGUUUUGUUUCGUCGUCUCGCUGGCCUUGGCUGACAUUGCGGUCGGAGCUCUUGUCAUCCCGCUCGCCAUCACCAUCAGCAUCGGGCUCCAGACGCACUUCUACAGCUGCCUGCUGGUCGCCUGCACGGUGCUCGUCCUCACGCAAAGUUCAAUCCUGGCGCUGCUGGCCAUCGCCAUCGACCGCUACCUGAGAGUCAAGAUCCCCAUGAGCUACAAGCGGGUCGUGACCCCCCGGCGGGCCGGCACGGCGGUGUUGCUGUGCUGGCUGGUGUCCAUCGUGGUGGGCCUCACGCCCAUGCUGGGCUGGAACAACCUCCAGCGGCUGCGCGACAACGGCUCGGUGAUCACCGACGACCUCCUGGUGACCUGCGAGUUCGAGACGGUCAUCAGCAUGGACUACAUGGUCUACUUCAACUUCUUCGGCUGGGUCCUGCCCCCCCUGCUGCUCAUGGUGGCCAUCUACGUGGAGAUUUUCUACAUGAUCCACAAGCAGCUCAACAAAAAGGUGACGGCGAGCCACACCGACCCGAGCCGUUACUACGGGAAGGAGCUGAAGCUGGCCAAGUCUCUGGCUCUGGUCCUUUUCCUGUUCGCAGUCAGCUGGCUACCUCUGCACAUCCUCAACUGCAUCACGCUCUUCUGCCCCGCCUGCGACAAGCCCAUAUUCCUCAUAUACAUCGCCAUCAUCCUCACGCACGGCAACUCGGCCGUCAACCCCAUCGUCUACGCCUUCCGCAUCAAGAAAUUCCGUACGGCGUUCCGCAAAAUCUGGAAACAGUACGUGCUCUGUCAGGGCCGGCCGGCUGAGCGCUUUCCUCAGAGAGGGAGCCAGAGAGGCCAGAGUCACGAGAGGAGGCUGAGGCAGAUCGACGACGACGACGAUGACGUGUGAGCCUUCGCAAGCCUGACGGAUCGCUGUCGGUCACUGAGUGGAAAAGGCUUUUUUUUCUUCACAGGUCCGCAUGACCUUAAUGGAUUUGAAGGAUGUCCGAUGGACAAAUCUGUGGCAGGACAGUUUCUUACAUCAAACUAGGAGAUAUUGCGAUUAUAAAUCAGCACAGAGAUCCUAAACGAGACCUUUAUUUUGUUUGAGGAGACAGAAUCAUGACGAUGUCGUAUGGGAUAAGGGGCUUUUAAUCUGCUUCAACAACAACCUGUUGGACUUGAAUCAGUAUGUGUAUGUUUGUAGCAUAUGUGGUACAACAAUACCAGCGAGUGUGGCAAUUCACAACAAACUAAAAAAGGUUUGGCCUAAACGAAAACAUAAGGCCUUUUCACGUGAAUGAUAACUCAUUUAUCCUAUCAUGUGCUACAUUACAAGUGGCCUUAAGGAAGGAAGACGUGCUGAAGAAAAGCUUUGGCCAGACACAGCGUUUUACAGAAAGACUCACAGACAUGAAGGCAGUUUGGUGCUUCGAGUGGACCAAUAACGUACUGUAUGUUGCGUCUAUGUAGGGAAAACAGUGUAGAAUUUAGAGCACUUCUGGUUAAAUGACAGUGAAGUUACCUAGUGACACAUCAAACUUGAUCUUUCCAUAAGUGUGAUGCAUGUGAAGGUUAUGCUUUUUACAUUCCUCAAACCAUUUGAACGAAAGAUUCACAAACUCCUCGCUCGAGGUGAAAAGACAAGAAUCAUGACUUGAUGCUUCCUAUUCAGUAAACGAGAACAUGGACAAUGGUAACAACGGUCGAUCUAGCUGUAAUUACUCUGAGGCUGUGGCCACAUCCGAGCUCCUUCAUCUGUUCAUGAUCUUACCACAGAGACGACCACUGAGCCCUGACAGGCGUUUCACUGCUAAAACUUUGCUUUGAGAGAUUUAGCUGUAGCUGCAUCACAUCCUCACUCACUGUUUUUCCUUAAACUGAUCAAUUAUGUUUAAUGAAUAUUAACAACUCGAUCUCCUGAACAUGUGUUGGCAUUGUAUAGUUCUGUGAACUUUUUUUUUUAAAGAUAUAUAUAUUAACACCAUUAUCAAAUCAACAAUAAGCACCAAAACUAAUAGACUUGUUUUGCAAAAGUAGACUUAAUAGAAAAGUGUUUCAGGUCUAAUGGUUGUAAAAGAACACAUGGGAGGUACUGACCUUGAUGCAUUCACAUUACUGUUGAACUCUUUUUUUUUUUUCAAACAUGCAAUGUGAACAUUGUUUCCAUGGAGACUCAGCUGGACAUUUGAAAACGUUAUAAACAUGUUAUAAAGCUGCUGACACAGACAAUAUAUACGCCAUGUAACUAUGUAAAAAUGUUAAUCAAAGAUACUGUCUUAAAGUGACCUACGUGUGCAAACAGCUGUUCAUUUUGUCGGACGUCCUCGUUCAGCUGUGAACGA